AUGAGCAGCACCCUGUCACCCACAGACUUCGACAGCUUGGAGAUCCAGGGCCAGUACAGCGACAUCAACAACCGCUGGGACCUGCCCGACUCGGACUGGGACAAUGACAGCAGCUCCGCCCGCCUCUUUGAGAGGUCCCGGAUCAAGGCCCUGGCAGACGAGCGGGAAGCCGUGCAGAAAAAAACCUUCACCAAGUGGGUGAACUCGCACCUGGCCCGGGUCGCGUGCCGCGUGGGCGACCUGUACAGCGACCUGCGCGAUGGACGCCACCUCCUCAGGCUCCUGGAGGUGCUGUCGGGGGAGACACUGCCAAAGCCCACUAAGGGCCGCAUGAGGAUCCACUGCCUGGAGAACGUGGACAAGGCGCUGCAGUUCCUGAAGGAGCAGAAGGUGCACCUGGAGAACAUGGGCUCCCACGACAUCGUGGACGGGAACCACCGCCUGACGCUGGGGCUGGUCUGGACCAUCAUCCUUCGGUUCCAGAUCCAAGACAUCAGCGUGGAAACAGAAGACAACAAGGAGAAGAAGUCAGCCAAGGACGCCCUGCUGCUGUGGUGCCAGAUGAAGACAGCUGGGUACCCCAACGUCAACGUGCACAACUUCACCACCAGCUGGAGAGACGGGCUGGCCUUCAACGCCAUUGUGCAUAAGCACCGGCCGGACCUGCUGGACUUCGAGUCCCUGAAGAAGUGUAACGCGCACUACAACCUGCAGAACGCCUUCAACCUGGCCGAGAAGGAGCUGGGGCUGACCAAGCUGCUGGACCCCGAAGAUGUGAAUGUGGACCAGCCGGAUGAGAAGUCCAUCAUCACCUACGUGGCCACGUACUACCACUACUUCUCCAAGAUGAAGGCCCUGGCGGUGGAAGGCAAAAGAAUCGGGAAGGUGCUGGACCACGCCAUGGAGGCCGAGCGCCUGGUGGAGAAGUACGAGUCCCUGGCCUCCGAGCUGCUGCAGUGGAUCGAGCAGACGAUCGUGACCCUCAACGACCGGCAGCUGGCCAACUCGCUGAGCGGCGUCCAGAACCAGCUGCAGGCCUUCAACUCCUACCGCACCGUGGAGAAGCCGCCCAAGUUCACAGAGAAAGGGAACCUGGAAGUGCUGCUCUUCACCGUCCAGAGCAAGCUGCGGGCCAACAACCAGAAGGUGUACACGCCCCGCGAGGGCCGGCUCAUCUCGGACAUCAACAAGGCCUGGGAGCGGCUGGAGAAGGCCGAGCACGAGCGGGAGCUGGCCCUGCGCACCGAGCUGAUCCGCCAGGAGAAGCUGGAGCAGCUGGCCGCCCGCUUCGACCGCAAGGCCGCCAUGCGGGAGACCUGGCUCAGCGAGAACCAGCGCCUCGUGGCCCAGGACAACUUCGGGCUGGCGCUGGCGGCGGUGGAGGCGGCGGUGCGGAAGCACGAGGCCCUCGAGACGGACAUCGUGGCCUACAGCGGCCGCGUGCAGGCCGUGGCCGCCGUGGCCGCCGAGCUGGCCGCCGAGCGCUACCAUGACAUCCAGCGCGUCUCGGCGCGGCAGCACAGCGUGGCGCGGCUCUGGGACUCCCUGCGGCAGCUGGUGGCCGCCCGGCGGGAGCGGCUGCUGCUCAGCCUGCAGCUGCAGAAGGUGUUCCAGGACCUGCUCUACCUCAUGGACUGGAUGGACGAGAUGAAGGGCCGGCUGCAGUCCCAGGACCUGGGCCAGCACCUGGCCGGCGUGGAGGACCUGCUGCAGCUGCACGAGCUGGUGGAGGCCGACAUCGCAGCGCAGGCGGAGCGGGUGCGGGCUGUGAGCGCCUCGGCCCUGCGCUUCUGCGACCCCGGAAAAGAGUACAAGCCUUGCGACCCGCAGCUCGUGUCCGAGCGGGUGGCCACGCUGGAGCAGACCUACGAGGCCCUGUGCCGGCUGGCCGCAGCCCGGAGGGCGCGCCUGGAGGAGUCCCGGCAGCUCUGGCGGUUCCUGUGGGAGGCGGGCGAGGCGGAGGCCUGGGUGCGGGAGCAGCAGCACCUGCUGGCCUCGGCGGAGACCGGCCGGGACCUGACGGGCGUCCUCCGGCUGCUCAACAAGCACCGGGCCCUGCGCGGCGAGAUGAGCGGCCGCCUGGGGCCCCUGCGGCUCACGCUGGAGCAGGGCCAGCAGCUGGUGGCCGAGGGCCACCCCGGGGCCGGCCAGGCCGCCGCCCGGGCCGCCGAGCUCCGAGCCCAGUGGGAGCGGCUGGAGGCGCUGGCCGAGGAGCGGGCCCAGCGGCUGGCCCAGGCCGCCAGCCUCUACCAGUUCCAGGCGGACGCCAACGACAUGGAGGCCUGGCUGGAGGACGCGCUGCGCCUGGUGUCCAGCCCGGAGCUGGGGCACGACGAGUUCUCCACGCAGGCCCUGGCCCGGCAGCACCGGGCGCUGGAGGAGGAGAUCCGGGGCCACCGGCCCACCCUGGACGCCCUGCGGGAGCAGGCGGCCGCCCUGCCGCCCGCGCUGAGCAGCAGCCCCGAGGUGCAGGGCCGGGCGCCCGCGCUCGAGCGGCAGUACGCCGAGCUGCAGGCCCGGGCCGGCGAGCGUGCGCGGGCCCUGGAGGCGGCGCUGGCCCGCUAUACCAUGCUCAGCGAGGCGGGCGCCUGCGGGCUGUGGGUGGAGGAGAAGGAGCAGUGGCUCAAUGGGCUCAGCCUGCCCGAGCGCCUGGAGGACCUGGAGGUGGUGCAGCAGAGGUUCGAGACCCUGGAGCCUGAAAUGAACGCCCUCGCGGCGCGAAUCGCCGCCGUGAACGACAUCGCAGAGCAGUUGCUGACGGCCAACCCCGCGGGCAAGGACAGCAUCGUCAACACCCAGCAGCAGCUCAACCACAGGUGGCAGCAGUUCCGGUCCCUGGCGGAUGGCAAGAAGGCGGCUCUGACGUCGGCCCUGAGCAUCCAGAACUACCACCUGGAGUGCACGGAGACCCAGGCCUGGAUGAGGGAGAAGACCAAGGUCAUCGAGUCCACGCAGGGCCUGGGCAACGACCUGGCCGGGGUGCUGGCCCUGCAGCGCAAGCUGGCCGGCACCGAGCGCGACCUGGAGGCCAUCGCCGCCCGGGUGGGCGAGCUGACCCGAGAGGCGGACGCCCUGGCCGCCGGCCACCCCGCCCAGAGCGCCGCCAUCCACGCCCGGCUCGGGGAGGUGCAAGCCGGCUGGGAGGGCCUCCGGGCCACCAUGAGGCGCCGAGAGGAGUCGCUGGGCGAGGCGCGGCGGCUGCAGGACUUCCUGCGCAGCUUAGACGACUUCCAGGCGUGGCUGGGCCGCACGCAGACCGCCGUGGCCUCCGAAGAGGGGCCGGCCACCCUGCCCGAGGCCGAGGCCCUCCUGGCCCAGCACGCGGCCCUGCGGGGCGAGGUGGAGCGGGCCCGCGGCGAGCACGGCCGGCUGCGGGCCUUGGGGGAGGAGGUGACCCGGGACCAGGCCGACGCCCAGUGCCUCUUCCUGCGGCAGCGCCUGGAAGCCCUGGGCACCGGCUGGGAGGAGCUGGGCCGCAUGUGGGAGAGCCGGCAGGGCCGCCUGGCCCAGGCCCACGGCUCCCAGGGAUUCCUGCGGGAUGCUCGCCAGGCCGAGGGCGUGCUCAGCAGCCAGGAGUACGUGCUGUCCCACACGGAGAUGCCCGGGACACUGCAGGCGGCGGACGCCACCAUAAAGAAGCUGGAAGACUUCGUGAGCACCAUGGACGCCAACGGGGAGCGCAUCCGCGGGCUCCUGGAGGCCGGGCGCCAGCUGGUGUCCGAGGGCAACAUGCACGCCGAGAAGAUCCGGGAGAAGGCGGACUCCAUCGAGCGGAGACACAGGGCGAACCAGGAAGCCGUGCAGCAGCUGCUGGGGCGUCUCCGUGACAACCGGGAGCAGCAGCACUUCCUGCAGGAUUGCCACGAGCUGAAGCUCUGGAUCGACGAGAAGAUGCUGACGGCCCAGGACGUGUCCUACGACGAGGCCCGCAACCUGCACACCAAGUGGCAGAAGCACCAGGCGUUCAUGGCGGAGCUGGCGGCCAACAAGGACUGGCUGGACAAGGUGGACAAGGAGGGGCGGGAGCUGAGCCUGGAGAAGCCGGAGCUGAAGGCGCUGGUGUCGGAGAAGCUGGAGGACCUGCAUCGGCGCUGGGACGAGCUGGAGACCACCACGCAGGCCAAGGCCCGCAGCCUUUUCGACGCCAACCGGGCCGAGCUGUUUGCCCAGAGCUGCUCGGCGCUGGAGAGCUGGCUGCUGAGCCUGCAGGCCCAGCUGCACUCGGACGACUACGGCAAGGACCUCACCAGCGUCAACAUUCUGCUCAAGAAGCAGCAGAUGCUGGAGCGGGAGAUGGCGGUGCGGGAGAAGGAGGUGGAGGCCAUCCAGGCCCAGGCCCAGGCGCUGGCGCAGGAGGACCAGGGGGCGGGCGAGGUGGAAAGGACCUCGCGGGCCGUGGAGGAGCAGUUCCGGGCCCUGUGCCAGCCCCUGCGGGAGCGCUGCCGGCGCCUGCAGGCCUCCCGCGAGCAGCACCAGUUCCACCGGGACGUGGAGGACGAGAUCCUGUGGGUGACGGAGCGCCUGCCCAUGGCCAGCUCCCGGGAACAUGGCAAGGACCUGCCCAGCGUCCAGCUCCUCAUGAAGAAAAACCAGACGCUGCGGAAGGAGAUGCAGGGCCACGAGCCCCGGAUCGCGGAGCUGGGGGAGCGGCAGCGGGCCCUGGGGGCGGCCGCGGCGGGCCCCGAGCUGGCCGAGCUGCAGGCCAUGUGGGAGCGCCUGGGCCGCGAGCUGGAGCUCCGCGGGAAGCGCCUGGAGGAGGCCCUGCGCGCCCAGCAGUUCUACCGCGACGCCGCCGAGGCCGAGGCCUGGAUGGGGGAGCAGGAGCUGCACAUGAUGGGCCAGGAGAAGGCCAAGGACGAGCUGAGCGCCCAGGCCGCGGUGAAGAAGCACCAGGUGCUGGAGCAGGCCCUGGCCGACUACGCCCAGACCAUCCACCAGCUGGCGGCCAGCAGCCAGGACAUGAUUGACCACGACCACCCCGAGAGCACACGGAUAUCCAUCCGCCAAGCCCAGGUGGACAAGCUGUACGCCGGCCUGAAGGAGCUGGCCGGGGAGCGGCGGCAGGGCCUGCAGGAGCACCUGCGGCUGUGUCAGCUGCGCCGGGAGCUGGACGACCUGGAGCAGUGGAUCCAGGAGCGCGAGGUGGUGGCGGCCUCCCACGAGCUGGGCCAGGACUACGAGCACGUGACGAUGCUCCGGGACAAAUUCCGAGAGUUCUCCCGGGACACGAGCACCAUCGGCCAGGAGCGCGUGGACAGUGCCAACGCGCUGGCCAACGGGCUCAUCGACGGGGGCCACGCCGCCCGGGCCACCGUGGCCGAGUGGAAGGACGGCCUCAACGAGGCCUGGGCCGACCUGCUGGAGCUGCUGGACACGCGGGGCCAGGUGCUGGCGGCCGCCUACGAGCUCCAGCGCUUCCUGCACGGCGCCCGCCAGGCCCUGGCGCGGGUGCAGCAGAAGCAGCAGCAGCUGCCCGACGGCGCCGGCCGGGACCUCAACGCGGCCGAGGCCCUGCAGCGCCGGCACUGCGCCUUCGAGCACGACAUCCAGGCCCUCAGCGCCCAGGUGCAGCAGGUGCAGGACGAUGGCCACCGGCUCCAGAAGGCCUAUGCGGGAGACAAGGCCGAGGAGAUCGGCCGCCACAUGCAGGCCGUGGCGGAGGCCUGGGCCCAGCUCCAGGGGAACUCCGCCGCCCGCCGCCAGCUGCUGCUGGACACGACGGACAAGUUCCGCUUCUUCAUGGCCGUGCGGGAGCUGAUGCUGUGGAUGGACGGGGUGAACCUGCAGAUGGACGCCCAGGAGCGGCCCCGAGACGUGUCCUCCGCAGACAUGGUCAUCAAGAACCACCAGGGCAUCAAAGCAGAGAUCGAGGCCAGGGCCGACCGCUUCUCGUCCUGCAUCGACAUGGGGCAGGCGCUGCUCGCCAGGAGCCACUAUGCCGCUGAGGAGAUCUCGGAGAAGCUGUCUCAGUUGCAGGCCCGGCGCCAGGAGACCGCGGACAAGUGGCAGGAGAAGAUGGACUGGCUGCAGCUUGUUCUGGAGGUGCUCGUGUUUGGGAGAGACGCAGGCAUGGCGGAGGCCUGGCUGUGCAGCCAGGAGCCGCUGGUGCGGAGCGCGGAGCUGGGCUGCACCGUGGACGAAGUGGAGAACCUCAUCAAGCGGCAUGAGGCCUUCCAGAAGUCCGCGGUGGCCUGGGAGGAGCGGUUCAGCGCGCUGGAGAAGCUCACCGCGCUGGAGGAGCAGGAGAAGGAGCGGCGGAGGAAGAGGGAGGAGGAGGAGCGGUGGAAACAGCCCCCUGCGCCCGAGCCCACGGCCAGUCUGCCCGGAGGGGCCCUCGCGGACGGCCAGACGGCGCCUGAGGCCUCCGGGGACAGAGCCCACCCCCGGCCACCAGCACCCGCACAGCCAGCCAGCGUCAACGGCGUGUGCGCCGAUGGGGAGUCCCCCCAGCCCCUGUUGGAGCAGCAGAGACUGGAGCAGGGCAGCUUCGCCGAAGGGCCUGGGUCCGGCCCCCCCGGGGACGAGACCAACGGGCCCCAGGGAGAGAGGCAGGCCCGGAGCCAGGGCUCGGCCCCUCCCGCCCUGCCCCAGAGCUGGUCCUCGGAGUCAGCCCGGGUGGCCGCGCUGCCCUCCCGAGGCCCGGAGCUCUCUGCCCAGGAGCAGAUGGAGGGGAUGCUGUGCCGAAAGCAGGAGAUGGAGGCCUUCGGCAAGAAGGCUGCCAACAGGUCGUGGCAGAACGUGUAUUGUGUCCUGCGUCUCGGGAGCCUUGGUUUCUACAAGGACCUGAAGGCAGCCAGCGCGGGGGUGCCGUACCACGGAGAAGUGCCUGUCAGCCUGGCCAGGGCCCAGGGCGGCGUGGCCUUUGAUUAUCGGAAGCGCAAACACGUUUUCAAGCUGGGCUUGCAGGACGGGAAAGAAUAUUUAUUCCAAGCCAAGGAUGAGGCAGAGAUGAGCUCGUGGCUGCGGGUGGUGAACGCAGCCAUCGCCACCGCGUCCUCUGCCUCCGGCGAGCCUGAGGAGCCAACGGUGCCCAGCGCCACCCGGGGCAUGACCCGGGCCAUGACAAUGCCCCCAGUGUCCCCGGUCGGGGCUGAGGGGCCCGUGGUACUUCGCAGCAAGGACGGCAGAGAACGAGACCGAGAGAAACGCUUCAGCUUCUUCAAGAAGAAUAAAUAG